GAACAGUUGUGUCAGUCUAUCUCGCCCGCCGCUGCUGCCGCUAGUUUUGGUCUUGGAACUUCCGAGUGUAAACAAGGCUUCCGGUGCACCAAACUCACCAUAACAAAUAUUGGUGACCUUAUGUUAAUUACUAGUUAAUGGUACUGGUAUUUACGGUGAAGGCAACCAUAGUGUGUUAGGUUUGACAUUCAUGAACAGUUAAGCAUUUCAGCCAGGUUGUCCUCAGCACGGGACUGAAGAUAAUACUGUUAGGGUGACGUGGUAUGUGGUGCUGGUCCCGGACUCUGUAACAUUACUGUAGCUGUGGUGCUGCUCACAAGAUGCUGGCCAGUAAACAACGCAGCAUAUCCUCCUCUGGCUCCUACAGUGAGCCAGAUGAAGUCUUCUGCUGCGGCGGCGGCGACAUGAAGGAGCUGUCGGGAGGGACCCUAGAGAGGCGGGCCAUGCUGGUGCUGGCGGGGAUGGUGGAAGGUGCCGUCGUGACCCCGCAGGGGCCCCGGGCCAUGAGCUGUGUGGCCGCCUACCUGCAGGGGCUCAACUCCAGGCUCUUGACGGCUGUGGUGACGGCGGUGUUGGCCACUCGGCCGAGGUGGCUGCCAUUAGAAUACCACUGGGCACCGCUGGACCACGACCCGCUGCUGUACCUGCUGGAGCUGCUGGGGGAGCGCCUCACCGCCCUCACCUACACUUGUCAUCCUCUCUCCCGUGAGCCUCUGCUACACGCCAUCGCCGCCAUGCCGGGCCUCACCACUCUCAACCUGCCCGAGGCCGCCGACGACAACGCCCUGGCGGUGGUUGGCGUCGCCUGCCACAUCCUCGUCACCCUCUGUGUCCGGGGAUCCAAGGCCGUCACUGACGAUGGCGUUCGUCGGCUCCUCCUCCGCCGCCACACUUAUACACGUUCACGUUGGCGACGCUUGUUCUCCCGUUGGCGUUCACUCCGUUCGUCACUCACCCGGCAGCAGGCGCGGUAUAGGCCACUACCCGCGCCACUGAGUGACCACACACUGUUGAUGCCCCUCGACCCCGAGCACCUCAACCCCUUGAGUGCCACUCUCACCCACCUGGACCUGGGCGGCACCAAGGUGAGCAACCAGGCUGCUGAGUGGGCCCGCAGCGUGCUGGUGCCUCACGCCUUCGUGGAGGCCUCACACUCCCAGCACCACUCUCUCCGCUCCCAGACCUCCCUCGAGGACCAGAUGGCCAAGCUCCUGGCGCCACUCACGCCAUAACCUCGCACCACCUGCCCGACCCAACCAUCUGCCUGUAAUAACGCUUCAUCUCUUAGUAGUGGUGAACUCAUCUUUAACCGAGCAACAUCCAGCAGGCAGACGAGGUGUGUUGUGGUCACCUCCUCUGGGUCAACUGUAGUGUUAUCAUACCUUAAGGCUCACAUAGUCAUUAUUUUUGUACUGCAUCAGAUAAUACAACAAGCGAUUCACAUGAUUUAAGUCGAAGUGCCAUUCGACUGUGCCUUUAGAAAAUAUAACUAGAAUAUAUUUUGUACGUGUAGGACUAAAGCGCUUUAACACAAGUAGUGGCAUCUGGUAGACCGAUCACCCUCAGUAGCCUCUGUUGGACUAGUAGCUCAGAGAUACCCCGUCACCCUAAAGACUCUUAUACUGUAAAUAGCUGUUAAAAGAUGUUACCUCGGCCAUAAUAGCAGCCCACUAGACGCCUGAUGCUCAAUACUGUACUACAAGUGUUGUGUUGUGUGACGUUGUACAGUGGGCACAGUUGUGAUCCCUGGCAAGUGUGGUGACGACUGUUACUCUCCUCCUGCUGCUCCUGCCCAAG